AGGCAUGGCGGAUGAAAGAGAAGAGCGAGAUUCGAGGGCGCUGUCUCGUGCUUAAUGAAACAAUAUACUAAUACUAUUCUGAGAAUAGGAAGAUGUUCAUCGGUGGUUUAAAUUGGGAGACGACAGACCAGUCUCUCAAGGACUAUUUUUCUCAAUUUGGAGAGGUGCAAGAAUGCACUGUAAUGCGGGACAGCGCGACCGGUCGCUCCAGAGGAUUCGGGUUCUUAACAUUUAGGGAUCCCAAGACCGUCAAUACCGUGAUGGUCAAGGAGCACUAUCUCGACGGAAAGAUUAUUGAUCCGAAGCGGGCGAUUCCUCGUGACGAGCAGGAGAAGACCAGUAAAAUCUUCGUCGGAGGAGUCAGCCAAGAAGCCAAUGAACAGGACUUCAAGCAAUUCUUCAUGCAGUUCGGUCGUGUGAUUGACGCCACGCUCAUGAUCGAUAAGGACACCGGCCGUCCCCGGGGAUUUGGCUUCGUCACGUUCGACAGUGAAGCGGCCGUCGAGGCUGCGCUCUCCCGUCCUCUCGAGAUCCUCGGCAAACCGAUCGAGGUCAAGAAGGCACAGCCGCGAGGGAACCUGCGCGACGAGGAGGACCGCAGGAACCGUCGGGGUCGAGACGGUUUCCGGGAGGGUGGCCAGGCCGGCUCCGAGGCUGCGCAGCCCCAGCAGAGUGGCCAGGGCCAGGCCGGCGGUCUCACACCGCAGAUGAUGGCGCAGUACUGGCAGCGGAUGCAGCAAUAUUUCGCCAUGAUGCAGCAGCAGAUGGCGGUUGCUGCCCAGCAGGGACAAGGAAUGGGCACGAUGGGGAUGGGCGGCAUGAACCCGGCCAUGAUGCAGCAGCAGAUGCAGAUGAAGCAGAUGCAGCAAAUGCAGCAGCAGAUGGGUAAUAGCCAGCCGCAAGGAAGCAUCAGCCCUCCCUCCCAGAGCCCGACCCCCCAGGGCAUGCCGAACAUGAUGAACCCCGCCAUGAUGCAGCAGAUGCAACAGAUGCAGCAGAUGCAGAGCCCGAGCCAGGGCAGUCCCUCCGGCCAGAUGAGCCCAGGCAACGUGAACGUGGGCGGCAAUUACACGGGGGCCCGCGGCGGUCCCGGUUACAACGCCCACGAGCAGAUUGCCUUUGAGCAGCAGAAAUACGAGCAGCAGCAGGCUCGACGCGCCAUUGAAACCCGCGCCUUUUCUCCCUAUCAGCAGGGCGGUCCGACCUCGUGGGAAGGCAUGUAUGACGAAGUGCCUCAGCCUAACAUCCCCACGGGGCCCCAGGCUAUGACACGUGCCGGCAGUAUGGGACGAGAACCAGGGCCGACCCCUCAGCCUCAGAGCGCCGCUCCCGCCAACGCACCCACCGGUCCCAAGAAUGCCGGGAAGCCUGGUGCAAACUACCGUGGUGGUGGCCGUGGAGGCCAUCGUGGUUUCCAUCCUUAUGCGCGAGGCUAAUCUAGUGGCUUUGGAUUGUUUGUUUGGGGGGGGGGCUUUCGUUCUUGAUUUCCUUGUGUCCGCUUGACUUCAUUUAAUCCGUUUUCCUCAGGGCU